CCGGCACUGCGCCAGCAUUUGAAAACGAAAAGGAAUGGAUGGUGACUGUUAGACUUUCGCAAACGCACGCAACAUUAUCGCAUUACACCUUCUCUUCUCUUUCCCACGCCACGGAAGAAGAAGAAGAAGCGGUUGGCUUUGAUGGAGUCUCCAUUCAAGAGCAGGUAAUAUUGGGUUCGUCAUCCAUGGCUCGCCGGCACAUCCUAGCCGAAAUGGGAUACGACUUCACUGUCCUGACUGCAGAUAUAGACGAGAAGGCUAUAAGGAAGGAGAAGCCUGAAGAGCUGGUCAUGGCUUUAGCCGAGGCUAAGGCAGAUGCUAUCCUCUCCAGGCACCAGAACGUGGGUACUUCUGUGGAGGCUGUCCAUACAACUCUCUUAAUUACUGCUGAUACAGUGGUGGUACAUGAAGGGAGGAUCAGGGAAAAACCAUCCAGCAAAGACGAAGCGCGGAAUUUUAUUGAAGGGUACUCUGGAGGUCGUGCCGAAGUUGUAGGAUCUGUACUUGUAACCAACCUGAAGACAGGAAGGAGGAAGGCGGGAUGGGACCGAGCAGAGGUACUGCAUGCUUGUCAAUACUUGCUGAAGUUUAAUUAUCUACUGUUUUCAACUAUUUACGGGCUUAUGACAUUCCGGUCUUCAUAUCAACUGGACCAAAAACCAUUCCAAAUACUUUCCAGUUUAAUCUACCAUGUUCAUGUUGCGAUGGGUGCUUUAGAGACUUCAAAGCCACGUUGUUUAUCUUGCCCACCAAGGCUUACGCACCUAAUUAUGUCUGCUGGUUUGAUAGCGAAUUGCCUUCGAGCUGCAGAUAAUCAUAAUAGUCCUGCUAUUCUCAGUUUCCCUUAACUAGAAAUGCUUGGUACAGCGAGAAUGUGAUAAGAACCUGUAGACAGAGAGGUUACUUCUUUUGGGUUUAAAAUAUACGAACCGGUAAUUACUGAGUAGUUCUGUUAUUUCGAUUUGAAUUGAGUAUGGCUCGUUCUGUUUGUCCCAUUGAAGAUGCGGCAAAAUUUUGGGUGUCAAAACAGGUGUACUUUUAUGACAUACCAGCUCAGAUUGUCCAGAGUCUGGUAAGUCAUCUUGACAUUGUUGUGGAUCAGUGAACUACUUGUGAGUCGUCUGUUUUAAGUACUUACGGUCAAUCUGCUGCUUCAGAUUGAUGAGGGAAUCACACUCAACGUUGCUGGGGGUUUGAUGCUCGAACAUCCACUCACAUCGCCUUUCGUAAAAGAAGUGGUCUCUCUCUCUCUCUCUCUUGCACGCACAGUUCAAAGUCGGAGGAAAUUUUGAACGAGUAUGUGAACACCAAACCAGGAUAGCUAAGGCUGGGUUAUAGCCAUCUUUCUGAUGUUAGUAUGUACUCUUUAUGUUUCCUACAGAUUGGGACUGCUGAUACUGUAAUGGGACUCCCUAUAUCUCUCACAGAAAGACUCAUCCAGGAGGCCCUAACUUGGCCUUAAAGCGAGGCAUGCGUGUGCUGAAAU